AUGGCCGUGAGCGCGGCGGCCGCCCCCGCCGCCGAGCCGCUGCCCCGCAGCAUCUUCAAGAAGUUCCUGGUGAUGCUCUGCUCCCUCCUCAUGUCCCUCUACGUCUUCUACUGCCUGGCUGACCGCUGCCAGACGCUGCCCGGACCCAUCAUCGCCGCCGGCGCCGCAUCGGAGGAGGACGAGGGCGGCGGCGGCGAGUUCCUGGGCGGCUCGGCCGAGCUGCCCCCCUGGCAGGCGGCGGCGGCGCGGCGCAAGCGGCUCCUGCAGCGGCUCAAGCAGCGGCGGCGGCGGCAGGAGGCGGCGCCGGGCGCGGAGCCGCCGGCCGGGGGCGGCGGGAGCCGGGCCGGCGGCUCGGGCGGCGGGGGCGGCGCGGCGGGCACGGCCGGCACCCUGGCUCUGCUGCUGGGCGAGGGCAGCAAGCGGCUGCCGCAGGCCAUCAUCAUCGGCGUCAAGAAGGGGGGGACGCGGGCGCUGCUGGAGUUCCUGCGGGUGCACCCCGACGUGCGCGCCGUCGGCGCCGAGCCCCACUUCUUCGACCGCAACUACGAGCGGGGACUCGCCUGGUACAGGGACCUGAUGCCCAGGACGCUGGAGGGGCAGAUCACCAUGGAGAAGACCCCCAGCUACUUUGUCACCAAGGAGGCCCCAGCCCGCAUCUCCUCCAUGUCCAAGGGCACCAAGCUCAUCGUGGUGGUGCGGGACCCCGUGACCAGAGCCAUCUCGGACUACACCCAGACGCUCUCCAAGAAGCCUGACAUCCCCACCUUUGAGAGCCUGACCUUCAAAAACAGGACUACGGGCCUGAUCGACACCUCGUGGAGCGCCAUCCAGAUUGGCAUCUACGCCAAGCACCUGGAGAACUGGCUCCUCCACUUCCCCAUCGGGCAGAUCCUCUUUGUCAGCGGGGAGAGGCUGAUCAGCGACCCCGCGGGGGAGCUGGGCAGGGUCCAGGACUUUCUGGGCCUCAAGAGGAUCAUCACGGACAAACACUUCUACUUCAACAAAACCAAGGGCUUCCCGUGCCUGAAGAAGGCGGAGGGCAGCAGCAAACCCCACUGCCUGGGGAAGACAAAAGGCAGGACCCACCCUGACAUCGACCAGGAGGUGGUGCAGAGGCUGCGGGACUUCUACCGGCCCUUCAACAUGAAGUUCUACCAGAUGACAGGGCAGGACUUCGGCUGGGACUGAGGCUGAAAGAAAUAAUUUAAGAA